CUUCUCUGGAGCAAGAAUCCCCUGCGCUCGCUCUCUCUUUCUUUCUCUACUCCCAUUUUCAGAUUCAUCCAUGGCGGUUCCUCCGUCGGUCGCCACCACUCCGGCGUCUCUCUACGUCGGCGACCUCCAUCCUGAAGUCUCCGACGCUCAUCUGGUCGACGAAUUCUCAGAGUUCAAGAGCCUUACCUCCGUUCGCGUUUGCAGAGACUCCUCCACCGGCAAAUCCCUCUGUUAUGGUUACGUCAACUUCGUUUCGCUUCAAGACGCAAUUCGUGCAAUCGAGCUGAAGAAUAAUUCUGUGCUGAAUGGAAAAGUGAUAAGGGUGAUGUGGUCGCGUCGUGAUCCUGAUGUAAGGAAAAGUGCCAUAGGGAACUUGUUUAUUAAGAACUUACCCGAAUCAACAGAUAAUGCCGCUCUGUAUGAUACAUUCAAAAAGUUUGGGAAUAUUUUGUCCAGCAAAGUUGUCGUGUCUGAGGAUGGGAAGAGCAAGGGACACGGAUUUGUGCAAUUUGAAUCAGAAGAAUCUGCAAUUACUGCUAUCGAGAAGCUGAAUGGCUCCACUAUUGGUGAUAAGCAGAUAUAUGUUGGGAAGUUUGUCAAAAAAAGUGAUCGCAUUCAGUCAGGCCCUGAUGCCCAAUAUACAAAUUUGUACAUGAAGAAUUUGGAUCCAGAUAUUACAGAGGCCACUCUGCAGGAAAAGUUCUCUUCUUUUGGGAAAAUUGUGAGCUUGGCUAUUGCAAAGGACGACAAUGGGAUGUCAAAGGGUUUUGGCUUUGUAAACUAUGAUAACCCAGAUGAUGCUAAAAGGGCAUUGGAAACAAUGAAUGGUUCACAAUUAGGUUCAAAGAUUCUGUACGUAGCUAGAGCACAAAAGAAGGCUGAGCGUGAGCAGAUCUUGCAUCAUCAAUUCGAGGAGAAACGCAAGGAACAAAUCUUGAAAUAUAAGGGAUCAAACAUUUAUGUGAAGAACAUUGAUGAUAAUGUAAGUGAUGAAGAACUGCGAGAUCAUUUCAGUGCAUGUGGCAAUAUAACUUCUGCAAAAGUUAUGAGAGAUGACAAAGGGAUAAGUAAAGGGUUUGGGUUUGUCUGCUUCUCCACUCCCGAGGAGGCGAACAAAGCUGUGAACACUUUUCAUGGAUUCAUGUUUCAUGGUAAACCACUAUAUGUUGCUCUAGCCCAGAGGAAAGAGGAUAGACAAGCACAGUUGCAGCUCCAGUACGCACAACAAAUACCAGGACUAGCUGCACCUUCAGCUGCCAUUAUCCCUGGUGGAUAUCCCCCUUACUACUAUACAGCUACUAGUGUUAUUUCACAUGUGCCUCCUCGAGGUGGGCUAAUGUAUCAACCUCUGGCAUUGAGGCCAGGAUGGAGGACUAAUGGCUUUGCUCCCCCGGCUAGAUCAUUUCAACAAUCACCUGUUCCUGCAGUGAGUAACAACUUUGUUUCUAACAAUGCUAGGCAGCAUAGGCAAAACAGGGGCAGGGUGAAUGGGCAUACAAUAUCACAGGGAAAUACUCACUCUGGUACUUAUUUUCCAAAUGCCCAGCAGAUUUCUCAGUCAGUGGUCUCUUCCAGGGAGUCGAGUACUCAGCAGAGAACCGGACAGGCUAAGUACAUACCUAAUGGACGCCGGGAGAUGGAAAAAGGAUCUGGAUUCUCAUCUGGUGGUUCAUACUCUGGAGCUUCGCAGGGUUCAGAAAUACUGCAUAGCAUGCUUGCUGCUGCUGCUCCUGAGCAGCAGAAAGAGAUACUCGGGGAGCAUCUUUACAUGCUUGUUCAUAAACUCAAGCCUAGCCUAGCAGCGAAGAUAACAGGGAUGCUCUUGGAGAUGGACAACGGAGAAUUGCUGCUUCUCCUGGAAUCGCCAGAGUCUCUUUCUGCCAAGGUUGAAGAAGCUGUCCAAGUGCUCAAGAACUCUAAGACCAAAGUCUCUGGCCAGGAUGUACUUCAUUCAAAUUACCUUUCUGCUGAGGUUGCAGUGAACUGA